ACGGAUGAAAUGAUACCUCAGUGGACGUUAUUCGUUCUUCUAGAAGUUGCAGCUGGUUCAUCGAUCCGCGUGGAUAAACGGAUCAUUAACGGCUAUGAUGCCAAGACAGGAGACCACCCAUGGGCUGUUUCAAUCAAAGGUAUACAUCCCACUACUCUGAGUAUCACCUACUGUGGUGCAACCAUUAUUGCCGAACAAUGGCUUCUGACCGCUGCACAUUGUUUUUGGACAGACGCCCGGCGAAAGUCAAUGCUGAAUCCCGGGUAUUGGCACGCUCAAGCCGGACACACAAAAAUAGUCCUCGGUGAAGAACAUACGAAGAGAGAGAUAAUCGUUGGCGCCAGCGACACAGACGAAACCGGGUCUAACUUCCUUCAAAAUCUGUUUGAAAGCUUAAAGAAACUUAUCCUCUUCAAGACAUCUACUGACGAGGCAGUAGCUGACGACAAGUUGUGGCAUGUCCACUUUCAAAAAAUUAUACUGCAUCCAAAAUACGCACCCAACGAUCUCGAAUAUGAUAUUGCCCUCGUCAAACUGCGAGCCGCGCUUCCUAUCGAUGGCAAAAAGCUCGCUGCAGCCAAACUUCCAGCAGGACUGACCACGGGUGACUGGCCUCCAGUCGGCACUCAGUGCACAUUUGUUGGUUGGGGAUGCCAAAAGUAUCAAGGUGAACCAACUGCCAAUUUACAGGUCGUCGCGCUACGUGUAGUCUCACAUGAUGCCUGCACAGAAAUGUAUAAUCACGGUGCUGGGUUGAACGAACACCACGAAUUCUGCGCCGGCUACUAUCAAUCAAAUGUCGGAAUAUGCGCUGGCGACAGCGGCGGUGGCCUCAUCCAGAUGUAUGAACGGCAAGUGGUUGUUGUGGGGGUUGCAUCAGCGACCCACGCAAGACAGCCACAAUCAUACCCCGGUCUCUUCACCAGAGUUUCGGCUUUCACGGAUUGGAUCGAGAAGACCGUGGACAGCAACCUGUGAAACAACUAUUAAUGUCAAAGUGUAAAACCAAGAGAAAGAUGAUUCUCACUUUCAU